AUGAGCGAUUCCUCGCCAAAUAUUACGUUUUCGAUAGAAAACGAGGAUCAUACCCUAGGAAAUGUUUUAAGAACGCUUCUGGUAGAGCGCGAUGAUGUAGUUUUUGCAGGAUACUCAGUUCCACAUCCUAUGCAACCAGAAAUGAACAUUCGAAUCCAAACCACAGGUCAGCCGGCUGUCGAAGUAUUUUCGCAGAGUUUGGGAGAUUUGGUGGAAAUUUGCGAUACACUCACAGAUGCCUUUAAAAAGGCCAUGGAUGAGGCCAUGCUCACUGAUUGA